AUGAGCAACGCUGGAAAGGUGCACCAAGAGUUCUUUUUUUCUCCUUCACCACACAUGGAGCACCCGCGGAAAGAAAGAACCUCGAGUCGAGGGGGGAACCCGAACAUCUCAGUGCCGCCCACCUUAAGUGAGAUCGCCCAUCGCUCCACUGGGAAUCGCACCAUCAUGAAGGAAGAAACCCAAGCAGGCAUCGAACAACCAACGCAAGGUUCACCUAGACCGUCAUCUUCUUCGGGGAGAGGAAAUGGCACCCAUCCUGGAGCAUUCAAUCGGCGCCCCUCAAACCUGGCAUUGGGGAUUCCAACUCAUCAUGCAUCGAAACGCGGAAAUAGCCUAACAAAUAAGGCGAACAAGGAAGCGAAGGGCAACAGUUCCUACUUGCGCGACCAUUGCCUGCCACAACCAUCUAAUGAAGCUAUCGGGCCAUAUGCUCAGCAAACUUUAAGCGGAAAGUAUCGCACACGGAGCUUGAAUAUCACACCAUUAGAUAUCGAAAGUGCUGGAGACACAGUGGAAGUAUACCUGAAUAAAGGUCAUCGAAGGAGUGCCCCACGAACUCUUGGCACACAGUGUGUUGAGAGCCGGGAUACUCAUCCAAUCACAAAGAAGAAUGAGAAGAUUAUUUCUGUCGAGAAGCUAACCAAGGAGAGCUCUAACGAGAUGAGCUCUUCCUCUGGACGUACGACGAAUAGCAGGGCCGAUGUCUCAUCUGUGAGACAACGCGGAAGUAUUCGUCUCAAGAAUGAUAGCACAUUGAGCGCCGGUACCGUACCAUGUAUUGAUGACGACAUCCCACCACCGAGGAUGCCUCGAACCAGCACGCCAGAGGCUCCACUGAGUCGGCGAGCUACAUCUGAGCGUGCCGAUCCUUUUCGCACUAGAUCGGGCGCGGGCAGUCGUGCAGUUUCGCAACCCCGUCACCUUGGCCGCAACAGAGCGUUGCGUAGUGAGGGAUUUUCUAUUCUGCCCAACAUUUUCUGCAGAGGCCGACUCAUGAGCUGGCCAGUGGGGGUAGCUCCGCAGGUUGUGUACUCUGCUGAGACGAGCCACGACUUGGAUGACGGGCAUGGAGCUGCUGGUCUCUCUGCUACUUUGCUUUGCAAAAUGGGGGCGAAACAUAGGGCGUGGGAUAUAGUCGGCGUGGGUCAAGGGUUCUGCGUGCGUGUGGUAGGCUGGCAUGGGGGUGAUCUAGGGAACAAUGCCGGGAACGGGGGCGGUCGGGCCGUGGUCUAUUCUGUACGCCACAAGGGAGAGGGCCGACGCAGUGAGGGAUUCUCUGUGCACGGCGGCCCUGCGCAAGUUCACGACGAGCGGAAUUGUUCCGACUUCAAGGGGUACCAUUAUAUCUCGGAGCGGCUGGGCACGGCGGCGGGGUGCCAGUCGUCGGCGGUGGAGCAGAUCGGGCUGACGGUUGGGGUGUGGGUCGGGGGCAGUGUGGACGAAGGGAAACAGGUUGACCUGCAAGGCGAGGUGCGUUGGAGGGUUCUCGGCCAGGGAGACUGCGACGCGACGGGGAGGAACGGAGCGAGCUUGUUGAGGUACGGCUACUACUUUUUUCUGGAUGCUCCUUGCGCGACGAGGCUGUUCACGAAUACGGAUACUCCUGAGCAUGUCAGGUUGAUGGCUCGGAGGGAGGUGGAUGGGGCAGUUGACAUGGAUGCAUCCAAGUUGUUGACGUAUGUGGUUGUGAGGGUGACUGCGGAUUGAGGAUAGCUGGUCUUUCUCUUGCGGCUUGACGUGUUAGGUUAGAUGAUAAAUUCCGUCUGCGUUGUAGGUCCGUGAUGCGCUUGCGGAAACCGAUAGAUAAUGGAAAGUCCUAAGACGUGGCAGGCUGUGAUCCGUACUUGAGGUUUACAAAACGAGAUCACGGCUGCCGCACUGAACUGUACGAACUUCUUAAU